GAGCUAGGGAGGCGGGCCCAGGGCGACGGAGCUGAGGCCCUCGGCCAUCCCGGGCUGGAGGAAGUGGCGGUCGCUGCGGCGGCGGCGGCGCGAAGACGGCGGGCAUGGUGGGGCGGGAGAACGAGCUCUCCAUCCACUUUGUCCCCGGGAGCUGCCGGCUGGUGGAGGAGGACGUUAACCUCCCUAAUAGGCGGGUUCUGAUUACUGGUGCCACUGGGCUUCUUGGCAGAGCUGUGUAUAAAGAAUUUAAGCAGAAUAAUUGGCAUGCCUUUGGCUGUGGUUUUAGAAGAGCAAGACCAAAAUUUGAACAGGUUAAUCUUUUGGAUUCUGAAGCGGUUCAUCACAUUAUUCAUGAUUUUCAGCCCCAUGUUAUAGUACAUUGUGCAGCAGAGAGAAGGCCAGAUGUUGUAGAAAAUCAGCCAGAUGCUGCUUCUCAACUUAAUGUGGAUGCUUCUGGGAAUUUAGCAAAGGAAGCAGCUUUAAUUGGAGCAUUUCUAAUCUACAUUAGCUCCGAUUACGUAUUUGAUGGAACAAAUCCACCUUAUAGAGAGGAAGAUGUACCAAGUCCCUUAAAUCUGUAUGGCAAAACAAAAUUAGAAGGCGAAAAGGCUGUCCUAGAGAACAAUUUAGGAGCUGCUGUUUUGAGAAUUCCUGUUCUGUAUGGAGAAGUUGAAAAGCUUGAAGAAAGUGCUGUGACUGUUAUGUUUGAUAAAGUGCAGUUCAGUAACAAGUCAGCUAACAUGGACCACUGGCAGCAGAGGUUCCCCACACAUGUGAAAGAUGUAGCCACUGUGUGUCGUCAGUUAGCAGAGAAGAGAAUGCUGGAUCCAUCAAUUAAAGGAACCUUUCACUGGUCUGGCAAUGAACAGAUGACUAAGUAUGAAAUGGCAUGUGCAAUUGCAGAUGCCUUCAACCUCCCCAGCAGUCACUUACGACCUAUAACUGACAGUCCUGUCUUAGGAGCGCAGCGUCCAAGAAAUGCUCAGCUUGACUGCACCAAAUUAGAGACCUUGGGCAUUGGCCAGAGAACACCAUUUCGAAUUGGAAUCAAAGAAUCUCUCUGGCCAUUCCUCAUUGACAAGAGAUGGAGACAAACGGUUUUUCAUUAGUGUAUGUGCAGGGUUUUUUGUUUUUGUUUUUUUUAAUUGAGAAGUAUAUAGUAAGUGGCACUUUUUAAAGAAAAAAGGAAAUAGUUUUGUAUGAGUGCUCUUUAAUUGUGACUCAUGAUCUUUCAGGUAAAUGAUGCUCUUGCACUAGUGAAAUUGUUUAAAGAAACUGAGGGUGAUAAUGCCUCAUUUGACGUAAUGAUUUUUCUUUUUAUCAUUUUGUUCUGGCUUCACUUUGUUUGAGUAUAGUAAAUUAUGAUUCUUAAAUACUUACGAGCCAGGAUGAGACAGAUCUACUGUAGACUUUUUCUUGGAUGAAAUGCAUUGUUCAUUCCUAUAACCUCUCCAUUUUCAGGACUUUUGCAACUGUUGACCUUUUUAUGUUUUAAAGUGAGUUAAGUAGUAUGAAAAUCAUUGGUGUUCAUUAUUUGCAUUGCUUGAGCUCUGAUCAAAAUGUUUGAAGAAAGAAACUUUAUUUUUGCAACUUACGUGAAGUUUUUAAGCUUGAGAUAUUUCAACAUGUUAUGUAUAUUGGAACUCCUGUAGCUUGAUGCCUCCUGCUUUUGUAGCAGUGUACGGUGAGCACUUGACAGAGAGAGUAUGUGUGUAUGUGUAUGUAUUUUUUUAAUAUGUGUAAAACUGUCCUUUUCACUCCAUGUCACUAAGUGAUAUUUCAUAUCUGUGGUUAUACUAAUAAUGAUGGGCCUUGUAAGUCUUUUGGCCAUUCAAGAAUAAUAAUAAAUAUAUACUGCUGGCAUGGUAAUGCUUAGUUUUCUUUUAUUUACGUUUUAAAUGUAAGGACCAAACAUCUAAACUCACUGUUAUUUUGUUGCUUUAAUUUUUAAAAAUUACAUUCUUAUGUAACAUCUGAUGGUAUAAGAAAAUAUAGUUGGUAUCUAUUGAGAUUUAAAUAAUAAAAUGAAUCCUGGUAAACUCAUCACUUGA